UUUUAACUAAUUAACAAUACAAUCAUAAGACGGUGCGAAUUCAAGUAGAACGGAAUAAGACUAGCGUUUAUUUGGUUUUACUUUAAUCAAAAUGCGCAUUGCUGGUGUUUAAAGCAAACAGUAAAAAAGGAUAAAAUUACACGCUGUCAAUUAAAUUUUAAAUUUGAAAAUCAGACGAAUGUAAAAUAUGAAUUAUUUGAAGCAUAUUUGGACAUUAAAACCAUUAUUUGUACCAUUGCUAGCAUUCCUGCUACCUAUCAGCUUAGUGAUAAAUUAUCCAUCGGACUUUGAAAGUGAAUCAAAAUGUGCGUACGUGAUAACAGUGAUGGCGAUAUUAUGGUUGACAGAGGCCAUUCCAAUACCUGUUACUGCAUUAAUACCAGUGUUCUUGUUCCCACUAAUGGGAGUCCUACCAGCAGCCGAUGUCAGCAGUUCUUACAUAAAGGACACCACAAUGCUAUUUCUGGGUGGACUUAUUGUUGCCGUGGCACUAGAGGAAAGUGGGCUACAUAUACGAAUAUCACUGGGUGUGAUGAGGAUAGUCGGAGCCCAGCCAAUAUUCCUGAUGGCGGGAUUAAUGGCGACCACGUGGUUCCUGUCAAUGUGGAUAAGCAAUACAGCAGCGACCUCUAUGAUGCUUCCUAUAAUUCAGGCUAUCUUACAAAACAUGGAAGAUGUUCGAAAAAGUGCAAUGGAUAACCUUGGUGAAGAAAAUGCCGGAUAUGAAAUUGGUUCCAGUACCGAAAUGUCCAGUGGCAUGUCAUCGUUUGAUACGGAAAGCGAUGUAUAUUCUGCUAGUGAUUUGCAAUUAAAAGAUUCCAAAGUUACACAAGACCCACUUCCAAACAACGAUUUAGAUAAAACAAAGUUUAAUGGCGUGGCUGAGAGUAACAUUGGCUGUGAUUUAAUGGAUCCAAAAAGUCAUUUCUACACGGUCAAUGCCACAAAUACAGAGAAUGUUGAGCGCGAUGAAAGCGAGGCUAAUUCAGAACCAGUGUCCAGUAGUCCUGAAAUUCGACGCAUUGCUAAAGCUUUUGCCUUGAGUGUAGCCUAUGGUGCAAAUAUUGGAGGUAUUGCCACCCUGACUGGUACCCCGCCGAAUCUUGUAUUAAAACAAGAGGCUGAUAAGUUGUAUAAAUUGUACACCGGCGAAGAGUCCGAGAUAUCGUUUGCAAAAUGGAUGGGUUUCGGUUUCCCUCUGUCCUUAUUCACUGCGGUGUUUGCAUGGUUGUGGUUAAUUCUACUCUUCAUACGCUGUGGAUGCUGCAAGAAAGCAAAUGCAGAAGAAAGAGCAGCUAUAAAUAGAACGAUUAAAACUCAUUUGAAACAGCUCGGCAAACCAUCGCUGCGAGAAACUCAAGUUAUGAUUGUUUUUGUUUGUCUUGUAUGUCUAUGGUUAUUUAGAGCUCCUCCUAAUAUACCAGGAUGGGGACGUGCAGGUUCUUUAAAGAAAGGAUUUGUCUCAGAUUCUACACCAUGCAUUUUGCUCAGCAUUCUUCUGUUUCUACUUCCGGCGGAAAAGCCUAGAGUUUUUUGGCUUGCAAAAGACGACAAACCAUCAUACACUCCCCUCAUAGACUGGAAGACAGUUUGUCAGAAGCUUCCCUGGGGUGUUAUAGUUCUACUUGGAGGCGGAUUCGCCAUUGCAGAUGCCAGUAAGAAAUCUGGCCUGUCCAAAUGGGUUGGUUACGAACUGCGGGUAUUUUCAAGCAUGGAUAGUUGGAUUAUGAAUUUGAUUAUCUGUUUUAUUGUGGCAGGAGCCACUGAAGUUACCAGUAACACAGCUUCAGCUACCUUAUUAAUGCCAAUACUCUCUGAACUGGCUAUACAAACAAAAAUUCAUCCACUAUACCUUAUGAUGUCAGCAACCGUGGCAUGUUCCUUUGCUUUCAUGUUACCUGUUGCAACACCUCCAAACGCCAUCGUCUUUUCUUCAGGUUACCUUACUAUUCCAGAUAUGGCAUUAGCAGGCCUUCCAAUGAAUGUUAUAGCUGUUUUAUGCCUCACCCUCGGGAUCAACACUUGGGGAUCAUCAAUGUUUAAUCUCGAUACAUUUCCAGACACAUUUAACAAGAAUGUGACAAUCCCUGUUAGUUAGAUGAUGACAUGAUGAUGUCAUAAACUAAUAAUUAGAUGACGCCCUAAACAAGCAGUUCUAUGAUGUCAUAAACAAACACUCAUUGGUUGUCUUAAUCGGGGCUUUCGACAAUGAAUUAUUCCCAUGUGUGUAUUCAGCAUCUCAUCUCGAAAAAAGAACUGACGAAUUCAUGACCAGUGUUGAUAUAAUCGUUUAUUGUUCAGAUACAUUGACACAACUACCAUGCGAAUACACGUGCCUGCAGUUGUAUUCUUCAUCAUUUUGAAUAUAAACAAGAAAGUAUAGGAAGAUGACAUUCAAUGUCAUUCAUUACCACGGAAUGUCACAGACCAAAUGGAUAAGGAUUUAUGAAUUUAUGGUCGGAGCUUAAGAUAUGAGAGAUAGACUAAUAA